ACAGAGACAGAGAGAAUAUAUAUAUAUAGAGAGAGAGAGAGACAGACACAAGCCCUGAGUAGUUGGAUUUCAGUGGACAUGAUGUUGACAACAAGGAUCGCUUUGCUGGGAUUGAUCUGCACAUCCUUGCUGUCCUCUGUGCAAGCGUGUGGGCCAGGCAGGGGACACGGGAGGAGGAGACCUCCUCGGAAACUCACCCCGCUGGCCUACAAGCAAUACAUCCCCAAUGUGGCCGAGAAGACUUUGGGGGCAAGUGGCAGAUACGAGGGCAAGAUCACCAGGAACUCGGAGAGGUUUAAAGAACUGACCCCCAAUUACAACCCAGAUAUUAUCUUUAAGGAUGAAGAGGACAGCGGUGCUGACAGACUGAUGACACAGAGGUGUAAGGACAAGCUGAACUCGCUGGCUAUCUCGGUGAUGAACCAGUGGCCGGGGGUGAAGCUGCGGGUGACCGAGGGCUGGGACGAGGAUGGACAUCACUCAGAGGAGUCGCUGCAUUACGAGGGCCGAGCGGUGGACAUCACCACCUCAGACCGGGACCGCACCAAGUACGGGAUGUUGGCCCGACUGGCCGCCGAAGCCGGUUUCGAUUGGGUCUACUACGAAUCCAAAGCCCACAUUCACUGCUCAGUCAAAGCAGAAAACUCAGUGGCUGCCAAAUCAGGAGGCUGUUUCCCUGGUUCGGCCAGGGUCAGUGUGGAAAGUGGAGGCACCAAGUUGGUGAAGGACCUUAUAGCUGGAGAUCGCAUCCUGGCUGCCAACGAUCAAGGGGACCUGGUCUACAGCGACUUUAUCCUGUUUCUGGACAGAGCGCAGGAGGCCAAGAAAGUCUUCUAUGUGGUAGAAACCCAGGAUCCUCCCAGAAGGCUCACCCUCACCGCGGCCCACCUGGUGUUUGUCCUGCAAGAGAGCAGCCAGGGUCCGAACGGUUUCAAGCCCACGUUUGCCAGCAACGUGACUCCAGGACAAGUGGUGUACGUGGUGGGCGACAGCCAACAGCUGCAGACGGCUGUGGUGGAGCGGGUUUACUUGGAGGAGAUGUCGGGUGCCUACGCCCCACUGACCGCUCAGGGCAACCUGGUGGUCGACCAGGUACUCGCCUCUUGCUACGCUGUGAUCGAGCAACACAAACUGGCCCAUUGGGCUUUCACACCCGUGAGGCUGAGCCACGCCAUCUCCUCUUUACUGCUGUCCACCGGUCAAGCCGCAGCCAACAGCACUGACCAGGAAGACGGGCUGCACUGGUACUCCAGGGCCUUGUACCAACUAGGCGGCUGGGUUUUGGACACUGACUCUGUCCAUCCACUGGGGAUGGAGCUGAACUCGAGCUGAGAGAGUUAAAAAGAGAAAAGAGAAAGGUUAAUUAAAAAAAAUUAAAAUACC